AUGCGGGCCACAGUCAAGACCUGGCUGAAGAGUCAAGAGAAGGCGAAAGCCGAGGGGCAGGACAAAGCGGAUACCGCUCAACCAAACACGGAUAAACCGAAGGUGAAUGGCAAUGGUCAAGCAGAUAUGACCGCCAGUGCCGCAGCUGUGACAGAAGACCAGCCGCUGGUCGAUGCAGUUGAGACAGAAGGGACGCCAGCCGCCGACUUGCACCCUUCCAUCGAGGAACCUGAUCACGAAUUAGUCGAUAACGACGACGACAUUGAAUUUCAGGUAGAACUCGAUGACGACCAUCAGCAAUUUCCCGCCCAAGGACCGAAGAGCGCGGAAGAAACUCCCCAGCCUCAAUCUACGAAAUCCUUCGAGAACCUACAGUCGCAGUCACAAGACGUGCUCAAUAACAACAGCUUUGAUGGGAUGAGUGGCGUGGACUUCUCAAACAAUAUCGGUGGCUUCAAUAACAACAUGGACGCCCCCCAGAUGCAGCAGGUGAUGCAGAUGAUGCAGGCCAACAUGCAGAACGGCAUGCCUUUUAACCCCAUGAUGAUGACCAUGAUGUCUAAUAUGAACCAAAUGUCUGGCAUGCUCGGCGGGUUUGGCGGUCCCAAUGGAGGCAUGAACAUGAAUGGAAUGAAUGGCAUGAACAUGGGCAUGAACUUCGAUCCCACCCAAGGGAUGUAUGGCUGGAACGGCCAGAGCAACAAUAUGUGGCAGAAUAAUAAUGCAAAUGCAUUCCCGAAUGGCAUGGGCAAUAACCUUGGUUCCAAUUAUGGGUUCAACAUGGGCCCCAAUGGCAACUUUCAGCAGAACUACGCAGGUGGUGAUUUCCCAAACGCUUACCACAACGGCCGUGGCUACGGCAGGGGCCGUGCUCGCGGUCGUGGCGGCUUUGGAAGAGGUCGUGGUAACUUCAAUCAGUACUCGCAGUAUCAACAACAACAACAACAACAACAAGGCUAUCAAAAUGGCACGGGUCCCAGGCAAUUCGAUAAUCGCAACACGCAGUCUCACAUGAUGCACAAUGACCGCGUCGCGACGACCGCCUACCAAGAGGGCGAAGACAAUCGUGAUGUGGUCGACGAGAGUCAUGAAGAUGAUGAGUUUGCCCCUGGUGGUCAAGAGGAGGUCCAAGAAGCCCUCGGUGAAGACUAUCAGAAGUCAACUGUCGCUGAGGAUACUGCUACUCCUGAGGUCGCUAUCGCUGCAGAUGCUAAUGGAACCGGUGAAGCGGAGCCUGUGCGGCCAGCUGAUGCCCAGAACAUUGAUAAAGUGACCGAAGCUGCCAUUAAGAACGAGCCUGAGUUCGUCGAGCAAGGGCCUCCUGAGCCUGUCCCUUCGGCUGCGCCGGAGAAACCAAUACCAGAGGCUUACAAUGAGGAUCUUCAGGGUUCAAUGGCACCACCGUCAGCGCCGCUGGGUCCAUCGGCUCAGUAUGGUGAUUAUGGGUUUCGUUCCCGAGGACAUGGUAGAUUCUCGUCGCGCGGUCGUGGUUCACUGUCCAUGUCAAAUGGUCAUGUUGCUUCACAAGUAAUGCCCUUUUCACCUUCCUCGCCACCCACGGAGCCCAAGGGGGUCGGUGUCGUUGGUGCGCCAACGGGUCCUAGAGCGAUGCGUGAACAGCCUGCACCGGCGGCGCCUACGAGACCAAUCUCUCGCUCCGCGGCGACAGGGUUUCAAAUCAUGGGCAGGGCAUCUAUGACUGCGUCCUCGCAAUCAGAAUCACGGGAUGUUGACAGAGCUCAUAGCAAAUCACCCGACAGAGAGAGCAGAGAUCGCUCGAGGCGGCCGUACGAAGAGGAGAAACACCGCAGUUCGAGGCGUGAUACCGAGGCGCAAGACGAGAGGGACCAUCGCGAUCAGGAUAAGCGAUCCAGGAGGUCGUCAAAACGAGACAGCUACGAUGACUACGAGCGGGAUGACCAGGAAUCUUCUUAUCCUCAAUCUGAGUCGGCAGAUUACAAGUCUUCGUCCCGCCGCAGUCGAAAUGAUAAGGAAAGACAGUCCAAGCAUUCCUCCCGCUCACGACGGCAUCACGACGAAGAUGCCAGCGGCGACUACGAUAUGGACGAUUACGAAGACUCCACCCGAUCAAGUCGAGACGCGUACGGCGAAAGCAGAAGCAAACACCGAAGCACCAAAUCGUCCAAGUACGAGGUCCGAGAGCGAGAGCGUGACAGGGAGCGUGAUCGCGACCGCGACCGCGACCGGGACCGGGACCGGGAUCGAGAAAAGGCCCGAGACAGAGACCGCGACAAGGAGCGAGAUCGCGAAGACAGACAUCGAGACCGUGACCGUGAUCGCGAUCACCGAAAACGCUCCCGCCAUGACCGCCACCGCGAGGACAACGGCGACGACCACGACUACGAUUACGAGCAACAAGAAGAAACCGUCGAAGAGUCCGAGUCCCGGCACCGCUCCCGCCGGCACAAGAAAGACCACCAUCGCGACACGUCGGAGCAUAACGGCACACCUCUGGCGAACGGCCGUUCUCAAUCUCACCGCUCUAGCGCGAACGCGACACCGGCGCCUGCUGCACCCUCUCAAUCGUCCGCAGCAGCAUCCAGGCUCGCCGAGGAAAAAGACAUGUAUACCAUCGAACGUGAGAAGUUGUCCCGCGAACGCAUGCUCAAGGAACAGCAACGACGGGCGAAGCAAGCCGGAGGGACUCCCAGUUCCGGAAGUACCAGUACGAAUCUCGGCAGAAGAAUGUCGCAUAAAUACGAGGACGACUUGGAACGGCAUUUGGUCGAAGGCGAGAUGCAGAGACAUGGGAGUGGCAGGACGUGGCGGUAG